AAUACCCAGAGUAGAUGAAUAAUGUAGCAAGCUUGUUGGUUGUGUUAGAACGGAAAAUUCCCCAACAAUGAAAUGGCAAAUGCUGAAAUUCCGAUAAAUUUAGCAUAUUAUUCGUUUCCACCGCAGAUCCUGGAAGGAAAUUCCUUUUCUUCCCUUUCUUCGUAACUGAGAUUCAUAUUUACACCAUUUUCAAUUAAUUACGCUCGCCAUUUCUUUGGAGGAAGAAAAAAAAACCCCCCGAACAAAGGAAAAUCGAAUUAAUUUCUCUUCUAGAGAGAGAGACAGAGGAGGAGAGAGAAAGAAGCAGAGACGACGAAGAAGAAGAAGACGCGGGAGUUUUGGAGCAUAUGAUGCUUUGUGAUUCACUGAGCGAUCGAAUACAGCCAUGGCUUCGUGAUUACGACAGGCUUCAGUCAUUCGCCGUUUUCCUCAUUUACAUUCAGAUUGGUUGUGCGUUGAUCGGUUCACUCGGAGCGUUGUACAAUGGCGUUUCGCUGAUCAACCUGGCCAUUGCUUUGUUCGCUCUCGUCGCCAUUGAAAGCAGCAGUCAGAGUCUCGGCCGUACCUACGCAGUUCUUCUCCUCUGCUCAAUCCUUCUGGAUGUCUUCUGGUUCAUUCUCUUCUCCCACGAAAUCUGGAACAUUUCUUCUGAGAAAUAUGGAACAUUUUUUAUCUUUUCAGUGAAACUCACCCUGGCAAUGCAAAUUAUUGGCUUUUCUGUGAGAUUAUCGUCAUCACUGUUAUGGAUUCAGAUAUACAGGUUGGGGGCUUCGUAUUUAGAUACACCAGUUCCAGGAGAAACCGAUUCUGAUUUAAGAACCAGUUUUUUGAGUCCUCCCACUCCUGCUGCAGCAAGGCAGUCCUCAGGUUCUGAUGAGGUUUUAGGGGGCUCUAUUUAUGAUCCAGCUUAUUAUUCAUCCCUAUUUGAAGAUGGUCGGGAGAAUAAAUUUGCAAUUCGGGGUCAGAAUCAUGCCAUUGAUAGUCCUGGAUCCACUUCUACUGCUGAUAUUUCUCCGCUGAAGCUAUCCUUAGGCAGAUCUUUUAAGAGUGUAGAUGGUCAUCAUUAUGCCAUAGGUGGCAAUGGAUCUACUGCUAGUGCCGAUGCUUCUCCACUGAAGCUGUCCAUAGGCAGGUCUUUUCAGUCUGUAGAUGAGGAGAAUACAGGUGGCAGCUUCAGCCAUUUCUAAUUUGAGCAUGGCAAUUGGCGAUUUUUUCUUUUUUUUUUUUUCCGUUUCCCCCGAGUAUGUCGCUCUCCAUACUCAUCGCUUUUGAGGUUUGUUUGCUUCACACAAUGCGGCCGGGACGGUAUGGGAGUGGGCUAUGACGCUAUGUACAGUUACCGAGUUACAGGUUAUAUUAAGCAAUUUAAAUUUUUUUUUUCUUCCCAGGAUAGGAAAGCUGCCAAUCACGGCACAUGAGAAAGGAGACCACAUGAUUGAUUUAUUUAGUAAUAUUCUAUAAGGAAAACAAUAUUGUUAAAAGGAUUUACCGUCAGUGAUAUUUCAGUUGAGAUUUUGACAGUUAUCCCAAGCCUAAUGAGUCCAACACUCUUGCGUUUAGAUUGUCAAGAAGCGGACUGGGCAUGUAAACUUAGCAGUGAGUCUGCUUGUACAAAGCAAUGCACUUUUAAUGGGUCGGACUCCGAGCCCAUCGGGCUCUUAACAUUUGGGGUAGGAAUGGGCCUAUCUGUAUCAUGGCCUUGCACAGUAAGCUUUUUUUUAUUUUUUUUAAAUGGCAUAUUCAACGUUUA